AUGGCGUUUGCUGGGACAAAUAUCAGUUUGUCCCAGCCGGAUAUCACGCAGAAACUAACGGAGCGCAUAGACGACCUGAAGCAAAAGAUUGCUGCUUGGGGGAAGCGGAUUCGCCGAUUUGCCGAGAGGUCAAAGCGGUUCAACCAGAAUCGUCUCUUCCAGAGUGAUCAGAAGAGGCUCUACAAAUCGUUGGAGCGACCAGAGGUAUGUGGAGCGGGCCCAGGACCGGAUCAGGCUAACACUGUCGCAUUUUGGCGUGGCCUGUGGUCAGAGCCCGUAAACCACAGCGAGGGCCCUUGGACGGAAGUUGUGGCGAGUCAGUGUGCGAGUAUUACGCCCAUGGACCCCGACAUCAUAACGCCGGAUGACGUAGCUGAGGCGGUCCGUAGAGCCCCGAACUGGAAAAGUCCGGGACUCGACGGACUGCAUCACUACUGGCUGAAGGGGUUCAUGGUGUGUCAUGCUGUGCUCGCCCGUCAGUUUCAAGAGGCUCUCAACCAGAAGUCGCUCCCUAGCCUCUUCACUACUGGGAUCACUCAUUUGGUUCCUAAAGACCAGAUAAUAAUGAACCAGACAAAAAUCACCUUACAGAGUCUGAAAAUAUGCUCACCACUGCCAACUCAAGUUACAAAUAACACAGUUGGCUACCCAAGAAAUAAAAAACAGGCUGCAGAGCUAGAAUUACAGAAAAAUAAAAUACUUUUGGAAAAAGCUACAUUAGAAUUGGAGAUUUUAAAAAACACUACAAAAUAA